UUUCGAAGGUUGGGCGUAUCCUGGCACAAUUAUUUGUGUUGCGAGGAAGUGUGCAUUGUUGAGAAUGCAUGGUCAACGGAACCUGCACAUUUUAGAUGUGUCUAGGGGUUGACAAAGUAAUGUGUGUAUGCAUGGUGUUUGACAGCAGCCAAUUAUCAUAUGUGAGAUGAAGAAAUUAUAAAAUGCAUUGAUAUGUCACUAGAGGUAAAUAUUAUGUUUUUGCUCUCUUUUUUUCCCAAAGUGUUUGCAUUCAUGCAGUUCUGUCAUUAACUUUGUGUUUUUUGUUCCUCUGUUUUGUUAGGAGCAACUGAAAAGAUUUGACUACAGUCAAUCAUAAAAUAAAUUAUUUAUUAUUUUGUAAAAUUUAGAAUAUAUAACUUAUAUUUUAUAUUUACAUAUGACCUAAUGCACGACUUUAUUAAAUAAGACAACACAAACACAAUGUUAAUGUUUUAGCUAGCCAUGCAGGUAUUCCAUCUUUCUUGACACAUUCAUGAGUUCUCCAAAACGUCUCAAGAUAUUGCAUUGCAAAUAAAACAUAUGGUACUCUUUGCUCAAUAUUGUCACCAAGAUUGUUGAAGAAUCAGAAUUGCAGCAACAUAUUGUCACAAAUUGGGCAAACCAUCCAGGUUGUGGAAUGAGAAUAAUGAUCACAUAAACUUUACGCUGGACAUGGACAAGGACAAAGAAAUCUUUUGGAUACAGAGUGUCACUGAAAUACAUGCAGACAAAAUGGUCAAUGAAUUUGUUGUUGUAGCACUAUUUGAUGAUAUAGACAACCAGUGAUACCACUCACUAUGAAAACUCUCAUUAUGGACAAAAUCAGGGAGUCAAAAGAUAAUGAAGGAAACCAGUCCAGCCAACAAUAUAUAUUCUUGCCGUCAAAGUGUCAUCAUGUCAAUUAUGAACACCUGUGUAUAUAAUCAAAGAUUUGUGCUUUCCAUCACUUCUAUGGUUAAAUAAAGUAUCAAAGAAAGAAUGGACUUCAGGGUGUCACAGAGAGAAUGGUUUACGUGCUUUGGUAGUUAAACAUUGACAGCGUAAACAUUGACAUUUGUAAAUAUGGUAAAAUAUAGGCAUAUAACUAUAUUUUAUUUACCACUGUAAUGCUGACAUUAGUUUUUAGCUGACGUUAUGAAUGUAAAUUGUGAAUUAUAAUAAUUAGGUUGCAUUUUGAAGAUACAGUUAUUAAAUUUAUGUGGUUUUUAAUGAAUUAGCACAUUGAUCUUACUUUCAAGGUAUACAAGAAUAAACACUAGCAAUGUGUUGUGUAGUACAUACCAGUGGCAACUAUUCGCACGCAGUUUUACGACCAUAGAUUAGUACUAGAGUCAGUGACAAACAGAAUUAUUACAGUCCAUUUUUUUUUGUUCUAUAAUUUGUUAAAAACCGAGUAAACUUCAUGUUAUUAUCAUGAAUAUUUUCUGUAUUUAGACCAAUCAAAUUGUCGUAUUUAUUUCGCGCUCUUUUCAAUUUUUAUUUACCUUUUAGACAAAAGCUUUUAAUUGAAGUACGAAGAGAAAAAUUUAUAGAAAUGGAAGAAAACGGAAUGCCGCAUACGGAAGGACGGGAAGGCCAAGAGGAAAAUGUGGAAAGGUCUGAGAGGACAAACCAAGUUGAGGACGAAGGAAAUGAGAACAAUACAAGAUCUGGAAGACCCUUCCAUGGAGUAUGCUAUAAUUGCAAGGAGAGGGGUCACAGAGCAGCAAACUGCAAAAAUUCACACAACAGAAAUGGAAAACGGAAAAGAUGUUUUAAAUGUGGGAAACCUGGUCAUAUGGCCAGAGCCUGCACUUCUCAAUCCCCCUGGGCUGACCAGUUACGUGCUGCGCAAUUGUAA